UGUGACAGGACAAUAAAGGCCGUAUCAUUUGAAUUUAUGUUUAGAGGAAGUAUAAACUUGGGCUAAUGGCUAAUACAGCCCAGUUAGACUCGGGUAUACUUCGUCGAAAUCCACAGGAUGAUUUUGAAUUGAUACAACGAGUGGGGAGUGGAACGUACGGAGAUGUAUACAAGGCCAGGAACCUGAACACUGGAGAGCUGUCGGCCAUCAAGGUCAUCAAGCUAGAGCCAGGCGAUGACUUUGCAGUCAUUCAGCAGGAGAUUGUGAUGAUGAAGGAUUGUAAGCACACAAAUAUUGUGGCUUACUUUGGCAGUUACCUCAGGAGAGACAAGCUAUGGAUUGCCAUGGAGUAUUGUGGAGGGGGUUCCAUGCAGGACAUAUAUCAUAUUACAGGGCCGCUGUCAGAAUUACAGAUUGCCUUCGUGUGUCGGGAAACUCUCAAAGGACUUCUAUACCUCCACAGUCGUGGCAAGAUGCACCGCGACAUAAAGGGUGCCAACAUCCUACUUACUGAUGAAGGGGAUAUAAAACUGGCUGACUUUGGAGUGUCGGCCCAGAUCACAGUGACGAUGAACAAGAGAAAGUCUUUCAUAGGAACUCCCUACUGGAUGGCCCCUGAGGUGGCUGCAGUGGAGAGAAAAGGAGGUUACAAUCAACAGUGUGAUAUUUGGGCUGUGGGCAUCACAGCUAUAGAAUUUGCAGAGCUACAACCUCCUAUGUUUGACCUUCAUCCAAUGAGAGCACUGUUCCUGAUGUCAAAAAGUGGUUUCAAACCCCCUCAGCUGAAAGACAAAACAAAAUGGUCUCCGACAUUUCAACAUUUCGUUAAAGUUGCACUCACAAAAAAUGCCAGGAAACGACCAACAGCUGAUAAAUUAUUAGAGCACUUGUUUAUGCAAGGUGACUUAUCCCGGCGACUGACCAGAGAGAUCCUAGACAAGGCUCGCAACCCAACCAACACUUUUGAAAUUCUUGUUGAAGAUGAAGAUGGGAUCAUGCAGAAUGUGCAACAGAGGAUACCAUCACAAAGAUCAGCACGUAAUAACCCUGCACGCAACAGUAUAGAACUGAAAGUAAAUAUCCCUCAGCCAGAUCAGGAUGAGAGAUUUUACACCGGCCAAGCAUGGAUGGAUAACGACAUCUCAAACCAGGGUCUGCUCCAGUCAGUUGAUGAAGAAUUACAGCGGAGAGGACAUCGUGACAGCUUAAUUGAGGAUGAUCUCAACGACCAGUUUGUCUCGCCCUCACAACAAUCCACCUUACAAGUGAACCCUCCUCCUCUCCCUCCUAGAAAGUUUUCCCAGGACUCCAACUGUAAUGAAGGCAGAAGUAAUGAACCAGGGGCUGAGAUGUUGGAAAUGGAGCCGCCGGAUAUGGACAACCUCAUUGACCGCAUGCUGACUUUAACCCCUGACUCUCGACCUCCUAGAGAAGAGGACGCAGAGGUACCGCCCGCAAUUCCUCCUAAACUACGUACGCAGAAUGGAAUGAUCAACAACAUGGGCAAUGGAAAUACACCCACCACCUCAGAUGACCGACCACCUCCUGUUGUACCACGCAGAGAGAAAAAGGAUCAGCAAGAUAAGUCCUCACGCCCUGUCAGCAACGGACUACCACCAACACCCAAAGUCCACAUGGGUGCCUGUUUUUCGAAGGUAUUUAAUGGAUGUCCACUACACAUCAAUUGUACAGCUAGCUGGGUACAUCCGGAUACUAGAGACCAAUACAUACUUAUCGGUGCCAAUGAGGGUUUGUAUACCCUGAAUCUGAACGAGCUCCAUGAGGCCUCGCUAGAACUGCUACAUGCGAGGAGGUGUACAUGGGUUUAUGUGAUAAAGGAUGUACUUAUGUCUCUCUCAGGUAAAACUCCUCACCUUUACAGACAUGAUUUGAUGAUGUUAUACAGUCGGCAGACGACAAGGUUCUCACUCCCAAUGAACAAGAUACCUGAGAAGUUAGUCCCUAGAAAGUUUAACCCAACAACAAAGGUCCCUGACACAAGGGGCUGUACAAGGUGCUGUGUGGGAAGGAAUCCCUAUAAUGGUUACAAGUAUCUGUGUGGGGCCCUCCACAAUGGAAUCAUAUUGAUGCAGUGGUACGAGCCGCUCAACAAGUUCAUGCUCCUUAAGACAUUUGAAUGUGACGAGAUGUCAAUACAGCCAACCGUGUUUGAGAUGUUCAUCUCCCCAGAGCUGGAGUACCCCAUGGUGUGUCUGGGAAUAAGAGUCGGGGAUGAAAAGAUCUUGCUCAAGUUUGAUAUCAUCAACUUGAAUUCCAACUCCAACUGGUUUACAGAGAUAACUGAAAACAGGGAUGGAGAAGAACUACCUGUGGUCAAUGUGACACAGCUGGAGAAAGAUACUAUUCUAGUCUGUUUUGAUAAAUAUAUAAAAGUUGUAAAUAUGUCAGGCAAGUUGAAGUCAAGUAAGCGCCAGGCGGCAGAGUUACAUUUUGAUUCUGCAGUGGAAUCAUUAGUGUGCUUACAAGACAGUGUGUUAGCCUUCCACAAGCAUGGUAUGCAGGGACGAAGCUUUAAAGCAAAUGAAGUAACACAAGAAAUCUGUGAUCGGAGCCGAAUAUUCAGACUGUUAGGAUCAGACAGGGUGAUCCUUCUUGAGAGUCGACCAACAGAUGACCCGACUGCUCAUUCCAAUCUGUAUGUGUUAGCAGGCCAUGAGAACAUGUUCUAGGAAUCAGUUGCUGUGGUAGAGAUACAAGAUAUAAGUUCCUUCUGAGAUAGAGAGAUAGAGAAAUUACAUGGAUAUUACUGGAACAUAAUAUAGACCUUAGAAAUUAAUGCACCGAAAUGGUUGGACCGAACAUUGUUUUAUGGGCUUGAGGAACCACAGCGUCCAUUUCUAGCAACAUGGACUACUUCUUAAUGUUGAAGCACAGCUGGAUGGUUAUGGAGUAGUAAGAAAAAAUCCAUUUGCUUAACACAACACAGUGACAAUUCAUAAACGAUUCUGAUUUGACCUUUUGACCUUCCAAUACUUGACACAUUCUUCCUCAUCGAUCAGUUUCACCUUUGACCCAUGAGCUCGACCGUUAGUCAGUUUGUCUGACCAGAAAGUCGAGAUAUUGGCAAGGGUGUAUCAGGAAUUGGCAUAUAACUUGACCAUUGGAGUACUUGAUCCAAUGUCUGGAUUGUCUGCAUGUUUUUAAUGAACAUCACUUGAUACAUCUGUUAUAACUUAAAACGUAUGUAUGGCUGUGGAUUUGACAAUCCAAAUGUAUUGUUUACAUUGGAGUUUUAUUUUUCAGCUUGGCACUAAUAUAUCACUGUCUCAUCACUCUGUAAGCUCUACAACAGUUCAAUGAAUCUAGAUUUUCCACUGUUAUCAGUUACAAAAACAAACAGUAAGAUGUUGUACAGGUUUAACAAGCGAAGAAAUCGUCAUCUAAGAUAUCUCAGUACAUUUGUACUAGUUUAUAAUUUGUAAUGGAAGUGUGGCAGGACCUGGGAUAGGUAAACAUGCAUGUAGAUCUUCUUGCCUAUUAUUAAAUAAACUCCAGUUUCUGAGCUUGUGGAAUUUCUGUAUGUGAUUCAGAGAUACUUUGGUCACUAUCACUUUAACUGCCUGAAGUUAAGCAGCUCCUGUGAUGUGUUAAUUUGUAUGUGAUUUAGUGAGGGUGUGUGUAUACAUGUGGCUGUGUUUUUACCUAAAUCUCUGCUUCUUUCAUUGGAUAUUUAAUUCAUGUGGAGCAGCAGACAUUCUAUGUAUGUCCAUGUGGCCUAUUUAUAAUUUCUAUGAUUUAGAAGUUACAUGUUAAAAUUGUUGUAUUAUUAUCCUGUUGAAUGAUUGCAUAAUUUUGUUCUGCACCAUUUCAUACACUUCCCAUCAUGACUUGUGUAAUGAUGACUGUUAGCCUUUGUAUCAAUGAUAAUAUAUAGAUAUAUAACAAUAUUAAGAGAUGAUGCAACAAUCUGCAGCCGAUUUGAAAAAAAAAUAACACUACAUAUUUCUCAUUGAAAGAAGUAAUUCAAUGAAAUAUAAUUUGUGAUCGUAAAAUUCUCAUAGAAUGAGGUAACAGUGACCCAAUUUCUGCAGCAUAUACCAGGAUAUUGUCAUCUUUCUACAAAAGGAAUGUUCAAAAUUAAAAUAUGGUGGUGUAUUGCAUAUCUUGGUACAGAUUUAACACCAGGUAGCUGUAUUUUUUGAAAAAAUAUCAGACCCUCUCUAGAAUAGAAUAAUUUACACUACGUAAAAGAGUAACGUAGCUCAGACACUGAUCCAAUAUAUUGCAGCCUUGAAUAUGUUGUGAUCUUUGGUAUUAUUUGGGAACUAUUCAAAUAACUACCUUGCAGCCGUCACUGUUGCACUGAAGUAACAGAGUGGUCCAUUGUUUCAGUUUUCUGUUGAUUUUUACUCUAUUUUAUACAAGAUAGAUUGUUUUGUUGUUGAUUCUAAACCAUUUUAUAUUGUUUGACAUUAUAUCCUAACACUUAAGUUUAUGUUAUUGAUAAUUGGUCAUAAAAGCUCUCCGUGGAUUGAUAAAGUUUACCACCAACAAGACAUUCUUUUUUCUUCUUUUAGCCCACCACCAUCAGAUUGCAGGCUAUUCAAAUCAAUUUUUGUGCGUGGUCUCUUGUCCAUGGUCUGUUCGUCUGAGAACAAUUUUUGCUAUCUCUACUUCUUGAAAAGUACUGGAUAGAUCUUUCUCAAAUUUCAUUUGUAGGUCCCCUUGGUCACUAGUUGUGCCGACAGGCAGCCAUCUUGGAUCUUACCAAAGAAAGUUUGUUUUGCUAUAUUUUUAGGCCUGAUGGAUGGAUCUCCCUUAGAUUUCAUAUGUAGGUUCCCCUAGGUCUCUAGUUGUGCCUGCUUGAUAUUGGAACUUUUCAGAGAAAGAAAAUGGACAACAGGUGGCCGUCUUGUAUUUCAACAAUGAAAAUUUUAUAUCGCAUGAUAUCACUAUUACUUCUUCAGAAGAGAAAAGAUUGGAAAUGAUCGAACUUUUAAAGAACAAAUAAAAAUCAAACAAUGGUGGGCACCAAGAUCCCUGUGGUAUCUCUUGUUUUUAGGUUUGUUUAAUCUUUUGAAGGGAUUUUCAUAUUUCACUAUUAAAGAAUUAUUUUUUCGUUUUCAUGAGUUGUAUAGGAAUUAUUUGAAGUAUUUGCUCUAAAUAAUUUAUCACGUACAUGUACUAAAUGUAUGUCUCCAAUCAUUGUACAUUUUUGUUUUGUAUCUUGUUAUUAUUGAUUAUGUAUUUGUAAUUGUUUUCAUUUCACAAGUAUUUUAUACUUAUAUCCACUCUACAUAGGGUACAGUACAUACAUUAAUAUAUGAAUCAUAUGCACUGAGUGUAUUAAUUUACUUAUGAAUAACUAAAUGGUAGCUCUAGCCAAAAAUAAAUCCAAAAUGGUGGUCAAGAGCAUUUCAGGCACUAUAUGAUGGUCAAGGCUACCUCCUAUCGUGACCUUGUCUGUCUUGAUACUUCCCAUGGGUUUUGGUGUGAACUGUAUGAUGGAAAAGGGUAUUUUUCAUGAUCAUUAUAAUGUUGUUCGCAUUUGCAUUGCGUUGUUCAUGUCUCACAAUUUAAGUUGUACUGGUUCUAUGUAAAAACAUGCUAAUACAUAUCUAUUCCCAAAUUAUCAUCAUAUAACACAGCUGAUUUUUAAAUACAAGAAAGAUUUUUACAAUGUGCAUAUAUCAUUCAUUUUAGUCACUGAAAUUUUCGUUCAGUUAUAAGAAUGAAAAAGCAUGUUAUAGCUCACAAUCAAAAGUUAAAGAUUUAAUCAUUUUCUUUUUAUAAAAAGAGGAAUAUGUAUAUAUAGGCACAUUGAUGUAGAUCGUCUGUUCUAAACCAUCCUUGGAGAAAAUCAGCGAACUAGAUAGGCCUCUCUAUUAUCUACGCAGUACUAGCUGAGGAAGGAGGUCAGCUAGCAAGGUUAAUAUAUUUAGCAGGAUCAGGAGUGCACUAUCAGGGUCAGAGGUCAACUAGCUGCAACAGUGACAGAAUAUCAGUGGUCAGAGCAUGGACAUCAGAAGAAGGGCCAGAGUUGAAUGACCAGAAUUCAAAUAUUGGUUAGUAAAGUCAAAAAACUGCAUAGCAGAAGUAUGGUUAUCCAAGGACUUGAAAUCUGAUGUAGGUUGUAUACAGUAUGUACUGGAAAGCCAGUUUAUCUAUUGAUAACCAUACAGUUAAUGAAAUCCAUUGUUCACAUGUGAUACUAGGUAUACUGGAAACUUUGUCACUAAUGCCUUCAUUGUUUAGGUGAACCUGCUGUAGUUAGGGUCUUGGUUUAAGACAGCUAAUUUCUGAUGGGUUAAAAUGAAUGGUUGGUUUAAGACAGCUAAUUUCUGAUGGGUUAAAAUGAAUGGUUGGUUUAAGACAGCUAAUUUCUGAUGGGUUAAAAUGAAUGGAAGACUAUCUGGAGGAUGGGCAUUGAAUUGUAGAUAUUCUAUAGUAUGUAAUGUAGAUAGUAAAAACAGUAAGACGACAAUAACUGUUUGUUGCUACAAAUUAAUUUUCUGUUUAUAUUUAGCUGAAUUAUCACAAAACCAAGAAAACAUUGAUACAUGUCUGUAUACUUAAAUAUUUAAUUUUAUUGAAAAUCUGCAUUCAUCUUAUGUUGUAAACUCUAUUUAUGUUAAUUAAUUAUAAGCUGUAAACUGUCAAAUUGACCACAACAAGUGUUAAGUCUGUAGUGUCCAAUUACUGGUAAACAUCUACCCUAGUAGCCCACUGUUGUAAGUUGUACAAAGACCUGCAGGAAUUGUGCAGUGUUAGUUGCUCAAUGUUAAAAGACUUGCCAUGGCAGUACAGGAAACUCUCCUAUGAACUGAUUGAAAAUACUUGUAUAUAUUAAACGUGUUCCAUUGUUAUUGAUCCGACUUAUUUGGUUGUUGGUGGUUUGGGGCAGUUAAAUUUGCAUAUGUUAUUCUGUAAUUUCAUUCUUUGUUUAUGCUUAACUUCAUAUAGGUAAGAGCUCAACUGAUCAAUGUAUUACACUAGAUCCUUGUGCUUUGACACAUCAAGUCAGAAUUGCUACAUACAGAUAAAAUGGAUUUCAUUCAUUUACCAUUAAUUAUCACACAACAUUUGACAUCAUUAAUGGUAUACAGACACAGAAAAAGAAUUAGAGAAAAGCAUAGAUUUUUAAAAAUGGCGGCUAUACACGGUGGAAAAGGAAAUGUGCAACAUUGUAUAUAAGAUUUGCAAAAAAACAGUGUUUAAUCAUACAAAGCAAUCUCUCAUUAAACGGUGGAGCCCUUCACUAUUGCAUAAUCAUUUUGUUUUACACAGUAAUCAACUUUCUGAUCAACACUAAAUUUAGAAUACGACCAAUAAUGGUCACGUGUCUAGACUAUCAUCAGUAAUUGAACUAAAAUAUCAUGUGUAAUUGGUCAAGAAUAUCACCAGUAAUUUGUCAAGAAUAUCACCGGUAAUUCGUCUAGAUCAUCACCAGUAAUUUGUCAAGAAUACCACCAGUAAUUGGUCUAGAAUGCCACAGUAAUUGGUCUAGAAUUUCACUGGUAAUUAGUCUUGAUUAUCAUCAGUAAUUGGUUAAGAAUAUCACCAGUAAUUGGUCUAGAAUGCCACAGUAAUUGGUCUAGAAUGCCACAGUAAUUGGUCUAGAAUUUCACUGGUAAUUGGUCUAGAAUUUCACUGGUAAUUAGUCUUGAUUAUCAUCAGUAAUUGGUUAAGAAUAUCACCAGUAAUUGGUUUAGAAUACCACCAGUAAUUGGUCUAGAAUGCCACAGUAAUUGGUCUAGAAUUUCACUGGUAAUUAGUCUUGAUUAUCAUCAGUAAUUGGUCAAGAAUAUCACCAGUAAUUGGUUUAGAAUAUCACCAGUAAUUGGUCUAGAAUAUCACCUAGAAUAUCACCAGUAAUUGGUUUAGAAUAUCACCAGUAAUUGCUCUAGAAUAUCACCAGUAAUUGGUCUAGAAUAUCACCAGUAAUUGGUAAUAUCACCAGUAAUUGGUCUAGAAUAUCACCAGUAAUUGGUAAUAUCACCAGAAAUUGGUCUAGAAUAUCACCAGUAAUUGGUCUAGAAUAUCACCAGUAAUUGGACAGCAGACUUGCAUCUUCCUUAUUGUGUUCUGCAAUGUAUUGAGUUGUUCAUUGUACCAGGAACCACAUAUACUUGUAUAGAACUUCUAUUUAUUUAUAUAAUUGUAUAACUGAUCUUACUAGAUUAUAGCUAUGCAAUACUGUGAAUGAGCACCAGAUUUAUUUUCCUUCACAAUAAUAUUGUGAUUGUCUUGCAUAUAUACAUUGGAACCUUGUGAAUCUGCACUUACAUUUGAUUUCAUUAGUUGUAAUGCUUGGUGUACAAUGUUAAUUAGCAGUGUAUGUGAUAUUACAUGAAAAGUGGAAAUUGUCACUAAUUUUAUAUCCAACCUCUUUAUCUGCAAGCAUAUGUGAUAAAGAUCUUUUUGGCACAUUUUAUUACAAGUUACAUGAUUCACACACCAAAAAUCUUGUCUAAAUGUAAGGAUAAAAUACUUUUUAAGAAGAUUGAAAAAAUAGAUUAACAGGGUUCCAUUGUAUGUUUGAAUCUAUUGAAGUUAUGUGUUGUAUAUGUUAUGCAGAUUCCUAAGCACCCAAUCUACAUAAUGUACCAUGUAUUUGCAUUUCAAUUGGAUGAAGGAUAUUUUACAAAACUGGUGUAAUCUUCAGUGAUAUGAUAUUUUGAGCACAUUUGCAUGUCUACUUAAUGAAUUUGACAGUAAAAUGUGUAUGUUAUGCUACGUAACUGGUGCUUUUGUCUAAAUUAAUAGCAUAGGCACAUUGCCUAUAUAUAAUGUAGGCUUCUAAAUGGAGUAAAUUGAAAUGAUGCAAGUGACUUUUAGAUUUCAAUAUUUUUUAAACAAAUAUAUAAUUACGGUGACUUUUACUAUUCUUAAAGAUAUUAAGUGGGAGAAAUAAUGUGAUCAUUGGAAAAGUGUUUUUUGUGAAAGCAGAAAGAGUUAGACCUUUUAACAUUGGAGCUAAUAGGUUAUAGUCACAAAAUUCAAUCACAUGUGUUUUUUUUUUUUUGCUUUUUCUGGCUAACUCAGGCAGUACUUUAUCAAGGACUGGCUGGUCUUAUUAUGUACGUGUAGUUGACAAAAUUUUGUUAAUUGAAUUGCCAUGAUAUGCAAUACCGGUAUUCGCCCUAUAACUUUCAAAUUAGGAAUGAUACAUGUCUUUUCAGCAUGUCAUCCAUGACAGAUAUUUUUAAUUGAUCUUUGUAGUUAACUGAUGAAUUCAGUUGAUUUCCUCUGUAUACCAUACCUACACCAAAGCUCUUCUCUUCCUCUCACCACACACCAGUUUUUCAGCAUUAUCAUUUGUGACCCAUUAUUCUUAUAGAUUUAUUUAACCAAAUGUUGAUGUAUGACAUGUGUGGUGAACACUAUGUAAACCAGACAUCUGGAGUUAACACCAGAGGGAACCAUGAUAACCGAUAGUCAUGUGUCAGUCAGCUGUUACAAAUAUUGUUACCAGACUAUGUAACAUGUUCUUCUGUAUAAAACCGUGAUCACAUUUUAUAA